AUGAAAGGCUUCAGUCUACUCCUCGUCCUCAGCACCGCAGCCAUGAGCCUAGCAGCCACAUGCUCGGGCUCUAAGCAAUGCCAGUGCUUGUUCUCAGACGGAUCGCAUUGUUGUCUAUAUGGACAAAAUGCUCAAACCGGCGACACCUACGAUUGUACCACGCUUUGCUCAGGUGCCAGCCGGCUACUUCAGUCGGGCGAAGAUACUCCGGCCAAGUGCAAUGCAGGAGGCUCAUUUGCCUGUGCUUCUCUGAUUACUGCCCAGGGCCGCACGCCCUGCUACAACAACGCCUAG